CUUCCCAGGAAUCCGUGUGAGACACUGUGCCGUGGGAAACGGCUCCCUCUGAUGGAAAUUGCAACGCUUUCAAAGGGGGACAAGAAAAGAGGAAAGCAGAAAGCCUGGUAACAAUCGCUGCAGUGUGAGGCAGGCAGUGAGGGGCUACACACGCCUAGGAAGACGCGACGAGCAGGUGCAGUGGGUGUUUCUUUCUGAUCCCAACACAGACAUACAGGCGCGUCGAUCGAUCGACUGGAUUUACAGGCACGAGUGGCAUGGAGUAUUGAGCGGGGCAGUUGCGCGCACUUUGCCUGCAGUUUCGGAUUGCGCCCUGUGUCUGGACAUCGCACCAUGCACCCAUCUUUCUGAUCGCCACGCUUCAUGCCAGCAAUGAUCCCCGAGCAGCACAAUCAUGUGGCUACCAUCGAAAACAUUCCUGCCGAAAGCAUUAGCACGACUCCCACCCUGCUGCAGAGGAUGAGGAAAGUCUUUAACAGGGAGCUGUUACUGUCUCUGGCUCUAGGCCAGGUGCUGUCACUCUUGAUUUGUGGCAUCGGCCUAACAAGCAAGUAUUUAGCAGAUGAUUUUCAAGCCAACACUCCAGUUUUUCAAAGUUUUCUUAACUACAUUCUCCUGUUCCUGGUGUACACUACAACGCUAGCAGUCAGACAAGGUGAAGAAAACCUAUUGGCAAUAUUGAAAAGAAGAUGGUGGAAGUAUAUGAUCCUUGGCUUGAUAGAUAUAGAAGCUAAUUACCUGGUAAUCAAAGCUUACCAGUAUACCACACUGACAAGUGUGCAGCUACUUGACUGUUUCGUCAUCCCAGUGGUGCUAUUGCUCUCCUGGUUCUUCUUGCUUGUGAGAUACAAGGCAGUCCACUUCAUCGGAGUAGGAGUUUGCCUUCUAGGAAUGGGCUGCAUGGUUGGAGCAGAUGUGCUGGUUGGAAGACAGCAGGGGCUUGGAGAACACAAACUACUAGGAGAUCUAUUGGUGCUGGCAGGAGCCACACUCUAUGGCAUAUCAAAUGUCUGUGAGGAGUUCAUUGUAAAAAAUCUCAGUCGAGUGGAAUUUUUAGGAAUGAUUGGACUCUUUGGCUCAUUCUUCAGUGGAAUUCAAUUAGCUAUAAUGGAACAUAAGGAACUAUUAAAAGUACCAUGGGACUGGCAGAUAGGACUUUUGUAUAUUGGAUUCAGUGCCUGUAUGUUUGGGCUCUACAGUUUCAUGCCAGUGGUCAUCAAAAGGACCAGUGCUACAGCUGUCAACCUCUCUCUAUUAACAGCAGAUUUGUACAGCCUAUUUUGUGGUUUAUUUCUUUUCCAGUACAAGUUUUCAGGCCUUUAUCUGCUGUCAUUUUUUAUCAUCGUCCUUGGCCUGAUCCUGUAUUCAUCGUCCUCCACAUACGUGGCCCAGGACCCUCGCGUCUAUAAGCAGUUCCGCAAUCCCUCAGGAGCUGCAACAGACACACCAUCGGCGGGACCACUGGAACCCUCUGUCACUUAUACUAGCCUGGGACAAGAGACCGAAGAUGGACCUCGCAUCCGAGUAGCCUGAGCCUGUUUGUUUGUUUUUUUUUUCUUUUCAGAUUUUUGGCUUCUUUUGCGUUUUUAUUUAGUGGGGUGGGUGGGAAUAUGUAACAAGGGGCACUGCCAUUAUCCACUGACACUUUCACUGUAUGUAGAGUAAGGAAUUCACUGGCUAAACUGAAGGAACUGAAAAUAAAAAGAGUGGAAAGAGAAAGCAAGCUUUAGGUGCACAAGCAAAGUAAAACUGCACUGCUGUAUUUUCAAAGUCGUGUCCGCUGACAAUUCAAAGUUUCUGUGGAAAUCAAAAUAUGUAUUUUUUUUUUUUUUUACUUUACUCAAACAUUCCCGUCUGUUUGUUUGUAUGUAUGUAUGUAUGUAAGAGUGUUCACCCAUGCAGCCUUUACUAAAAACUAAAAACAUGUUCUAUAACAUCACUUGCAAGCUUUCUGUAUGCAUUUCAUAUACUAUAGACGUCCAGAGUGGCAGAUAUGCAAUUCGUGUGGCUCUUUACAUGCUUUUCUGGUUUAGGCUAUUGCAGAAGGAACUGUAUGUCAUUAAACUGACCUUUUUAUUGGAACACCUUUUAAAAGCCAGAGUUUACAUUUUUAAAAUUACUUUUUUAUGUUAUUUUAAAUGUAUAAAACAUUUUAUAUUGGUAAACUGGCAUAAUACAUUUUACAGAAUGGUAACUUAUUGCAGUAAAUGAUGGAGCAUUGUUGGAAAAAAAAUACACAUCUCAUGCAAACCAAAGGCCUGGUCUCUCUCUCUCUCUCUGUCUUUUUCUUUCUGUCUCUUUCUCUCAUUUUUAAGUUUGUUUCUUCGCCAGAUGCUGAUAUUCCUCUCUCUAAAUACAGUGUUCAGUUUAUGUCAAAUACUGUAGUCUGUUUCUGUUAUCUUUAAAAUAAUGCUGAAGUGUUCGGCUGUUCCUCAUCUCUCAGUGUGUUUACAUAUUGUAUGCAUUUUUGUAGUAUUUAUUUUUGAUGUAGGCUCUUGUGUAGUGUUCCUUUUUUGCUUGUGAUUUUUUUUUUUAAACUAAUCAGAUCAGGUCAUUUUGUUAAUCACCUUUUUGCAUCUGGCUGAUGGUUUGAAAGAGCCAUCUAAAAAUUUUAUUGAUGAGACAAAUUAAAAAAAAAACACAAAUAAAUAAAAAGUCUCCUCCAUAGAA